CAUCGGGUCAUGGAAAUAAUAAAAGAAACUCGAGACUGAUUAUCCGACAUUGCCGGAUUUCCGAAUUCUCCAAAUUUCCCUCCUGCAAACUGCCAUUUUACAUUCUGAAAUAGUUCAUCCGUGCUGCUCAUCGUUUGUCGUGCAACGGCGCAGAUCCACGCAGCAUCGCUUGUGUUGUUAUGUAUUUUUGUUGCAUAAAAAUGGUGGUUAUCAGCUGAUGCGUAAACUCGAUACACUCUUGAUGAACUCUCAUAUUAAUCAAAACAAUUGAGUCGCGACGACAGGAGCACAAGCCAGUAUCUAAUGGGUGAUUGUUACCUCAAAAGACUCGAGUUGUUUUACACCGCGCCAUAUUAUUUGCCGCUAAUAUUCGUAAAAUAACAAUUUUUGGAAAAACGGGUGAUCAAACUGACGUCACAACGUUCCCUAUCGACAUCCGCUACCUGUGACCUGCGUUCAUUGAAUUAAUUUCGAUGAUGGGAGGAGCCCUUACUAUUGGCCAGAACAAUGACGACUUGGUCGAGUAUUUAUUGGAAACUGGCUAUAUCCGGAGAAAGGAGAUCGAAGUUGUUUUCAGAGCUGUGGAUCGCGCCAGCUACUUGCUUCCUUCACACCAGGAAAGUGCGUACAAAGAUCUUGCCUGGAAACAUGGGAACCUCCACUUGUCUGCACCUUGUGUCUAUGGAGUAGCGAUGGAGUACCUUUCUCUCCAACCUGGGCAGAGCUUUUUAAAUAUCGGUAGCGGCACUGGAUACUUGAGCACAAUGGCUGGCCUGUUAUUAGGACCCUAUGGCAUUAAUCAUGGCAUCGAAUUGCAUGAAGACUGUCUUCAAUAUGCUUAUGAGCAAUUGGAAAAAUUCAAACUGUACUCACGUACGCUUGAAGAAUUUGAUUUCUGUGAGCCUUCGUUCGUACAAGGUAAUUGUCUGCGCGUUACACCGGGAAAAGAAUAUGAUGCGGUUUACUGUGGAGCGGCAGUUUCUGAUAGUAACAUAGAUGCGAUUAAACGAUUUGUACGAGUUGGAGGAUUGGUCGUGAUGCCUUACAAGGGUCAUCUAUGUUGUUUCACGAGGACUAGCGAGAACGUCUGGGCAUGUAAAAAAUCCUUGGGGGUAUCGUUUGCAACACUGAUCGUACCUGAUCCAGCGGACCAGAAUUCAAUCACUCUGCCUGACAGUGAACCUAUGUCCCUCCAGGAACUAUGUAGAAGUAUAGUGAGACAUAGAUUGCGUGAAAACAUUUGGGAAGAGUUUCCGGAACUCGAUAGGCGGAAUAUGAAUACUUCACUUCAUCCAUUACGAAAUGAUUCUUUUUGUCCAAUGUCCAGCGACACAGUGUGGGAUGACGACGACUAUGAGGACGAUGAAGAAGAUGAUGAAGAGGAGGAUGAGGACGACAACGAAGACGACGAAAACAUCGAUGACGAAAACAUCGAUGACGACGAUGAGCGUGAAGGCCCUGUGUGGGACGUAGAUUUUAUAGGACGAACACGCUUUCUUUUCAACAUGGAGGUCGAGUCUGAGGCCACGAGUAACCCGCUACAACUCGAUAGAGUCGCAAUGCUCUUGCAGCAGAGAACUGCCGCCGUAGGUCGGCGAGUUGGUGCUACUCUAGAUAGAAUAGUGGAGGAGAAAUGGAACGGUGAUGCUCCGGCAGACAUUGGAAGCCCGAGUACCAACUUGGAACAGGACGAGAGUUCCGGUAUGGCUGAGAACCAAGGCACAGAUGCUGUCACUGUUGAUAGCAGCAGUAGUGAGGCUUUUUGUAGCCAGGGAAAACAGUCCGAUGAGUGUACCGCACGCCGCAGCGAGAGCGAUACCGAAAGCGACAGCGAAGAUGAGGUACCGAUACAGUGGAAGCAGAUCACAAAACGGGAUAAUUCGGACAGCGGCAUAAUCGAGGACAUCAAUAACUGCUUCGACGACAGUAGCUCGAGCUGGAGCGCUGUCCACUCGUACUCAGAGGUCGAUGACUACAGCAUGGACGUAGACUUGUCGACUGUUGCGCCGAGCAAAACUUACGAAAAAGCUUACAGUGAGCACAAGUCCGAUAAGCCGAUCUCCGUUCGGUCCCGUUUGUUUAUUAAUUGCUUUAAGGAAAAGAUACAGAUGCUACCGUUGCCGGAAACAAUGAAGAUGUACAUAAACUAUCAUCGAAAGCUGUAAAUAAUAACUGUCAACUAUCGCCAUUAUUUGAAUACUAUAUCAUAUUAUAUAUAUUAGGGUGGUCCUUAUUUUGGGUAAGUCGGAAUUUCAAACCUCUCACCCCUUGCAUAUCUCCCAUUUGCCAGAAAAAAAAUGUGUGCAAAGUUUAAGCCCAAUCGGACAACGUUUACCCGUGGCCCAAGAGGGUCAAAGUUUAAUAUUGGAGCCAAAUGGUAAAAACGAGCUUGAAGGCCUUUAUUUAAGUAGACCAGCGAAAAAAAACCGUAGCAAGCUAUAAUCCACAAGAUUUCUAACUAAAUUCACAACUAAUUGAAUGUACUGAUACCAAGUUCUGCCAAAAAUUUCUAUGUCGAGUUGUAGAUGUACGUAUGUUGUAGAAUCUACGUAUUUACAUCGUACAUUACAUUUACGAGUUGUAGAUGUACGUAUUUGUAGAUGUACGUAUGUUGUAGAAUCUACGUAUUUACAUCUACAACUCGACAUAGAAAUUUUUGGCGGAACUCGGUAUCAGUACAUUCAAUUAGUUGUGAAUUUAGUUAGAAAUCUUGUGGAUUAUAGCCUGCUACGAUUUUUUUUCGCUGGUCUACAUAAAAUAAGGCCUUCAAGCUCGUUUUUAUCAUUUGGCUCCAAUAUUAAACUUUGACCCUCUUGGGCCACGGGUAAACGUUGUCCGAUUGGGCUUAAACUUUGCACACAUUUUUUUUUUUGGCAAAUGGGAGAUAUGCAAGGGGUGAGAGGUUUGAAAUUCCGACUCACCCAAAAUAAGGACCACCCUAAUAUAUAUAUUAUCUUUGAAUACUC